AUGGAACACUUCAAUGCGCCGUUGCCUGGUGGCAACAUCAUGAGGUUCCAACUGCUGGAGGAGACCAAUCGGGAGGUCGCUAGGGCUUUGCCGUGCAAGGUGUGGCACGUCGCCGUUGCACGUCCAAAUGUACGAGGAGGUGAUAUUGGCCUGGGAAGCCAACACCCGCCGGCUGAAGACAUGGAAAUGCACGGGACUUUCUUGACAUCGCAAGAGGCGAAUAGUCAAGCCGAGAGAGUGCUUGAAGAACUAAAAGCCAAGAUGGGGAGCACUGCUGUUAUGCAGAAGACGUACUCGGACGGGUUGGUACAGGGGUUCGUUCUGUCUGGGCGUGGCUCAACGGUUGAUGCGAAGAUGGUCCAAGUCUCAUGUGACGAUGGGCGGAUCCAGCGGAUGGACAGGUCCGGCAAUCCUAUACAAGCUUGA